AUGAUGCAUGUUACAAAACAAUUUCAUCACAUCCAAAUACAACUAGAAGCUAUAAUAUCAGCAACCAACAACUUUUCCGAUGACAAUUGCAUCGGAAAUGGAGGAUUUGGGAAAGUGUACAAGGGAGAACUCCUCCAUUCAGAGAGGCAAACCGUGGUUGCUGUAAAGCGUUUAAAUCGUGCAUUUGGGCAAGGAGACCCCGAGUUCUGGAAGGAGAUCAUCAUGCUUUCCCGUUACAAACAUGAAAAUAUCGUCUCUCUUUUAGGGUUUUGUGAUGAGAGUGGUGAGAAGAUCCUCGUGUACGAGUAUGCAUCUAAGAAAAGUCUAGACUUGUAUCUCAACAGUGAGGAUCUAACAUGGAUCCAACGCCUAAAGAUUUGCAUUGGAGCAGCUCGAGGACUCGCCUAUCUUCAUAAUCCUGGUGGGACCCAACAAAGGGUAUUGCACCGUGAUAUUAAAAGUUCUAAUAUCCUCUUAGAUGAAAAUUGGAAUGCUAGGAUAUCAGAUUUGGGUCUAUCCAAAUUUGGUCCUGCCAACCAACAAAUCACAUUUCUUGUCUCCAACGCUGUAGGCACGAUUGGGUAUUGUGACCCGGUAUAUGUAGAGACGGGGGUAUUAACAAAGGAGUCAGAUGUAUACUCGUUUGGCGUGAUGUUGUUCGAAGUACUGUGUGGGAGGUUAUGUAUUGGCAAUAACAAUGAUAAGUAUCGACCACUGACAGGAUUGGCUCGACAGUGCUAUGAACAGAACAAAAUAAACGAAAUCAUUUAUAGAAAUAUAAAGGAUGAAAUAAAGCCCAGGUCUUUGAAGGCGUUUACUGCAAUAGCUUAUCAGUGUUUGAAGAGAGAUCUUGAAGAACGUCCAUUAAUGACCAAGGUUGUGAGAAUACUUGAACGUGCGCUACAACAUCAAGGUGAUGCAAAUAGUCCUGCAGAUUAUGAUAGCGAUGAUGAGGACGUAGUAGAAUCAGAUUUUUCGCCGUUGGAUGGUGGUACAAGCAGAAACCAUGUGGCGGAAAAGAGGUUGACGAUGAACAUGCGCUUAAAGGAGCUGCGUGAAAGAGUGAAAAAGCAACAAGAAGUGGUGGAAGAGAAGAGGUUGAAAACAAAUCUAGUAGAGCAGCAAGAGACGGAGCUAGAGAUGGAGCACAAGUUGAAGGAGAUUCGUCAUAUGAUUCAGUCAAAACUUGCUCUAAGAACCAAGGCUGUAGACAAGUCUGUUCCUGACAUUUUAUAGGUCCUGGGCGAACGUAAAAACAAGGCCCACUGCAAGCUCUCAUUGUGAGAGCUUACAGAGGGCAUGGAGGUGUUGAGACAGCAGGAGAGGAGAGGGCAGGUGGUGUGACUAACAAAGUGGCUGCAAUCUCACUCAACCAUGACAUUGUUUCCUAAACUUGCAAUUGGUAAGUGAACUGGAAUAAGGUUUGUGGUAAGAUUAGUUAUAAAUUACGCUAAAAGUUAUUAAGAAACUUAAUGAUAAUUUUUCCUAAAUAAUUGGAUGUCUAUUUGCGGUACAUCCUCUCGGUGCAAGUAUUCUGGAGAUGCAUUUUUCUCGCACCGAAUGCAUUGUGAAUUUGUUAAAACAUUUCCUG